AAUAGACAUAACAUUGCUAUUGAAAGUAUCUGGCCAACAUAAUUGGCAUGCGUAGUGCACAUGAAAAUAAAAAAAAAGGGAAAAAAUAUAAAAUAGAAUCCAAUUAGACUCUCUAUAACAAAAUGGCUGAAUCCAGAGAUCAAGUUCUCAUUGACUUUCAGGCUGUGACAGGGAUAGAAGAUUUUGAUUUAUGCACUAAUAUUCUCACACAACAUGACUGGAAUUUAGAGCAAGCUGUGAACAGCAUAAUGGGUUUUGGUCCUUCAGAUGCUGGGGGUGGGUAUAUACCAGAUGAAAUAGGUCCCUCACCUGCAGAAGAAAAUAUUGAUGAACAAACAGCAUCUUUAAACACUCCUGGUUUGAUGGAAAAGAUGGGGGUCCACUUGAGACCCUCUGACCAUGGAGCUUCAGAUAUGGCAUCAGGCCCAUCUUACAGUUCGUCACCUCUAAACUUUACCAGCAGAAUGAUUUGUUUCAAUGUAGAGUACAGAGAUAAAAACAUCAAUGUUGUUUUGCCAGAUACAGAAACAGUUGGUCGAAUAAAAGAUGUUCUUGAAUCAGAAUUAGGCAUUCCUAGAGAUAAGCAAGAAUUAAAGGGAUUGGUGAAGCGUAAACGCAACGUUGAUGAUACGACAGUGUUAAAGGAUUUGCAUCUGCCUAAAGAGAACACAUUGUACCUGUUGACCCCUCAAAUUACUAAUCCAACAGUCAAUAAGGCUCAUGUUCAGGAAGGAGAAGGCACAUCACAAGGGUUAGAAGGAGAUAGAGAAUACUUACUGAAAAUAACAUUUCGCAAUGAUUCAAAGUAUAGAAACUUUUCACUGAAAUUUAAUUGCCAGAAAACUGUCAAAGAUGUGAAACAGAGUUUGCAGACACUAACAGAGGUCCCAGUACGCCAACAAGCAUGGACAGGUUGGCCUAGAACUGUAUCAGACCAGGAAAAGCUUUUUGCUUGUGGUCUGAACUAUCCAUCACAUGAUCUAGAAAUGAGUAAAUCAGAAUCUGUAGCAGAACCAAAAAAACAAGAUGUUGAGGAGAUGGAGGCAGAGACAGAUGAAGAUGAUGCUACUUGUUUAGAUUCAUUUGAUGAUGAUGACCUUUUCUCACAAGAACUUGCAUUACCACGCAGAGUUGAACCUUUAAUACCAGAUGGGAUUAAUAAUGAAAAAACAGCCCUUGAACAUUUUGCCAAAGAGUUUGCCAAUAGAUAUGGACCUUGUCAUCCCCAUUUUUUUAUUGGAAGCCUUGAUGACGCCAUACAAGAGUCUCUGGUUGUGAAGGCUUCAAAACGCAAGCUUUUAGCUGUCUACCUCCAUCAUGACAACAGCAUCUUUUCAAAUGUAUUUUGUUCUCAAUUACUUUGUGAUGAGGCCAUUGUGAAUUACCUGAGUGUACAUGUAGUAACUUGGGCUUGGGAUCUAACAUCAACAGAAAAUACAGCCAAAUUUCUUCAAGUUGCAACACGCCAUUUUGGUAGUGUAGCAGCCAGUCAAAUGAGAAGCUAUAGCACUGAUCAACUGCCUUCUCUUCUCUUGAUUUCAAGGUCUAAAGCAACCAAUGAAGUUAUUGAUGUUAUUCAAGGACAUGUGACGUUAGAUGAAAUGAUGAUACGUUUAAUGCAUGCUGUGGAGGUGUUUCAAGGACAGAGAGAAUCUGAUAUUAAUGAGGAGAAAGAAAGAGAAAAUAGAGAAAGAAUCAAACAAGAACAAGAUGCUGCCUACAUGGAAUCAUUAGCUGCAGACAGGAAAAAGGCUGAGGCUCAAAAAGUUGAGGAUGAUAAACGUCGGGAGGAACAGCAACGUUUAAUAGCAGAACAAGAGAGAAAUUUUAAAGAAAAAGAAGAGGCAGAACGUAUGAAAGAGGCCAUCAGUAAGUCUAUUGCCACAACAGUCCCAGAAGAACCUCAUGAAAUGUGUACAGAAAGAGUUACAUGUCUCAGGUUUCGUGUCCCCCGAGGUGAAAUCAUCAUCAGGAGAUUUUUUGUGGAGAACUCACUUAGGGAUCUUCUGAAUUUUUUAACUUCCAAGGGCUUUCACACAGAAGACUAUAAAGUGAUUACCACAUUUCCACGUAGAGAUAUUUCCGGCCUGGAUCCAUCAAGUACACUUGAAGCUCUGAAUCUCUAUCCACAGGAAACUUUAAUUUUAGAAGAGCGGUAGUAACUGACUAAGAUUGUGUACAAGAGUGUACUUGUGAUCUGUCUGGUGAUGGAUGAAUGAGGGGGGAAUAAGACCUUCGCAAUAAUCUGGUCUGCUUUUAUUUCACACCACCUUUGACCAAUCAAUGUUCUGGUCAGCAGCUUGGACAUCAGCCCACCAUAUGCUUUGCUCAGGGAUAGAAUGUUCUAGACCUUACACACUUUUUAUUGACCUUUUAUCAUCUUGGAUGAUUUUUUUUUUUGCCUUUUAAUAUUUAAUUGGCUAUUAAACCUUUGUACUCUAGCCUGCAGAUAUAAGUUUUGUUUUGCUAACAAGUUUAAAAAAAUAAAAAUGAUGCUGCUAUAAGGACAUUUUUGUCAUGGGUCGGUUGGUAUUUUGUGGGGGUGUUUCAUUUUCAAAUGUAUUUUUACAUUGGCAUUGUGAGGUUUCACAAUAUCUGGGCAUAGUCAGGUUGUUUUUUUUAACACACCACCUGUUUAUAAUUAGGACAACCUAUUUGAAAAGUUGUGACCCAAAUUUAAUCUAAGCAUCUAUGCUUUGCUCAAGAAAUUUAUAGGUUGGGUUUAUCAGUAUCAUAGUUUUUCCAAAAUAUUUUGUCCAGACAAGGAAUUAUGUUACUGGUACGGUGGUUUACCAAGCCUUCAAUAGGAAUGUGCUCACUGUUACCUGUCUUUAUUUUGUUAUAUUAAUGGUUUUGUUUUAACUUUGCUACUCAAACUCUACUGGAGCUUUUCUGAACAUUUCAGUUCAUUCUUUUAAAACUUUAAAAAUAUACUCGAAAAACUUUUUUUUAAAGCUGAACAUCUAAAUUUGAGUUUGAUUUUCAACAAUUUGUAUGAAACUUUCCUGUUGUAAGGAAGUCUUAGAGCGGAACCAAAAAAAAAGAAGAAAAUUGAAAGUUUAGUCAUGUACUUGUUUUGUACUGGUGUUUCUUGUUUUGGCACUGCCUGUCCUAUCAGCCUCUCUGUAAUGAAUCUUUUAUUGAUUCGGGUUACACAAACAUUUCUUGUUUAUUUUAGUUCUGAAUUUUUUUUUUAAAUCAGAUGUUUGUACAUUUAAAAACAUAAUUUAUUAUAUGUUAACUAUACUAGUCGUAUUAAUAAGAAAAAAAUAAAAGGGUUUGAAUGUUUCAUUGGUGUGUUUACUUCAAGUAUAUGAAGUGUGUAUUUAGCUACUUGAAGUAUCAAUAUCUUAGACUUGUUCUGUUGGUUUUUUUUCUUCUGGUGGUAUAUUGUUAUGCGAAUCCCCCCUACUCCUCUUGUCUCCAUGUGUAUAAUACAAACUUCUAUUUAUUUCCAUCAAAUAUAAACACAUGUUGUUUAUGACCGCAGUUAGAGAAUCACUUCAUUGUGCUGUGAUAGAAUACUGUACUUGAAUACAAGGUUUAGUAAGAUUGACAAGCUAAAACAUUAUAACUCUAAAACCAAACAGCAUGUCCAUUCAACAGUUCACUACUAGCUGUCUGGUUUAUUAUUGUGAUAGUGUCAUCUGCAAGGGAAAACCAAAAAAAAAAAUAGGUAAAUAAUCAGUUUCAUUAAACUUGUAAAAAUUUACAACUUAUUCUGUAUUUUUAUGAAAUGAAAAAAAAUUUGAUAUUAUAAUAAUUAAACUUUCUCUUUAUUACAAUUUUGUUUCAUUAUUAAAAUGAUGCUAUGACUUCA